UACACGGUUUGGACACGUAAACACAGCAUGUUAGACAUAAUACAAUACAAUUUUCGAUCUCUCGUGACGCAUAGUAGACGGUCCACGUCAACAUUGACAAUUCUACUCUUCCCUUCGAGUCAAACUUGACCAGUCAGCCCAAACGCGUUACAGACACUUUUCUAUCGUCUGGAAUCAAGGGUCAACCAAUACACAACGAAACGUUACGAAAAUUUCAUUCUCUUCGUUAAAUACCGUGACGUCGAGUAUCCUAUCGUGACGAACGUUGGAAGGUCGAAUUUAUCUAUGAGAAUCCAAGCUCAGCACGAGCGCAGUAUCAAAUGUAACGUGAUAGGUUUUAGAGCCUGCAACAAUCUUGUAGGUUAUCAAAGCAAGUGAUGGUCGCGAUAACUUUAGAGUAAACGCUGAAAUGGUCACUCGAUCCAAGUAGAUCGUAAGAUCGCAGUCGUUCUUUACUUCCCUCGGCGAGAGGUAGGCUCCGCAGGUAAACCUAGUGCCAAAUCUGUGCUUAAAAGACUUUCUGUCUAAAUCGUAGAAAAUAGACGGAGAAUAAGGAGAACUGUGCCCAAGUUCUUCUGUUUAAAUUGUAAAAACGAAGGGAGAAUAAAGAGGACUGUGCCCAAGUUCUUCUGUCUAAAUUGUAGAAAAUAGGGGGAGAAUAAAGAAGACUCUGUCCGAGUCCUUCUGUCUAAAUCAGAGAAACAACAAGAAGAAUAAAAAGGACUCUACCCAAGUCCUCCUGUUUAAAUAAAAGAAAAGUGUCCCACGAACUCGAUGUGUUUCCAAUUUACCUAAAUCGAAGCCGAGUUCGCGCCGCGUGAAGUCGUUACGCGGCAGUUAAACGCGAUCUCUAAGGUGAAUUCGUACUAAAGGAUCUCGAAGAUGAAACUAUUAACGACGAUAGGGCUUUUGGUGACGAUAUCGAUGUGCCAUGGGUAUCGAAUAUUGGGAUUGUAUCCAUUCCCCGGGAAGAGUCAUUUCGUGAUGUUCGAACCAAUGAUGAAGGGUCUGGUUAAAAGGGGCCACCAGAUGGACGUGAUAAGCCCGUUUCCAUUGAAGAAACCGUUCCCGAAUUACACGGACUUGGUUACGCUGGAAGGUAUCAGGCAGUUCAUGAACAACAUGACGUAUAGCGAAGCAAUGUCAUUAAGAAAUUUACCGGUCAGUACCUCCGUGGCCACGCUGGCUGGAAACGACGUCUGUGACUAUUUGAAGGAUCCAAGGAUACGAAAGCUCGCGAGGAACCCGCCCAAGGACCCACCUUACGACUUGGUCAUCGUGGAGAUAUUUGGAGCUCACUGUUUCGCGGCACUCGGCUACCUAUUGAAAGUGCCCAUAGUGGGCGUGAGUUCGUCGGUUCUUUACCCAUGGAGCAACGACAUAAUCGCCAAUCCCGAGAACCUGGCGUACGUGCCAAACAAUCUCCUCGACUACUCUUCCCACAUGAACUUCUGGGAAAGAACGCACAAUUUCGUCCACACCCUGUACAAUAAGUGGAACUUCAAUUAUAUCACGCAGGAGCAGAACGAGAUCAUUAGGAAGUACCUUGGUCCCGGUAUACCGGACAUUAGGGAGCUGGAGAGGAGCGUCUCGAUGAUUCUCGCCAAUUCUCACAUAUCCAUGAACGGUAUAAGGGCUAUGACGCCCGCGUUAAUCGAAGUGGGAGGAUUGCACGUUCAGGAAGAGGGGGUGGAACUACCACCUAGCCUCGAAAAGUGGAUGAACGAAAGCACCCAUGGAUUCGUCUACUUCACAUUUGGCUCGAUGGUGAAGAUCGAAUCCUUCCCACAGAAGUAUCUUGAUAUAUUCUACAAUUCUUUAGGGAAGAUAGCACCCGUUCGAGUUCUGAUGAAAAUUCCGAAUCCGAGCGAACUGCCGCCUGGCUUGCCGAAAAACGUUCAUACGUUGCCAUGGAUUCCGCAGGUCAAAGUUCUGAAGCAUCCAAACAUAAAAGCAUUCAUCACUCAUGGGGGUCUUAUGGGGACCCAGGAAGCAAUUCACUAUGGCGUCCCACUGGUCGGUAUACCACUGUUUGCUGAUCAAUUUAUCAAUAUCAACAGCUACGUUCGGAACAAGAUUGCUGUAGGAUUAGACCUUAAUACCCUAACCCAGGAGAAAAUGGACCAGGCUCUGCAUGCCAUUCUACACGAUCCCAUAUACCGGGAAACGGUGAAGAAAGUAUCUGCCAAGUUCUUAGACCGACCAUUGAGCGCCAUGGACACCGCGAUUUACUGGAUCGAAUACAUCAUCAAACACGGUCCAGAUGCACUCAGAUCGCCUGCUAUGGAUCUGACAUGGUAUCAGGUGGCGUCGCUGGACGUUGCUGCAUUCCUCCUACUUGUUGCGCUUCUAGCAGUGGUCGUCCUGAUAACGGCGCUGCGGUUCAUCUACAAAUUAGUGAGCCCAACUGAACAAGUGUCGCGCGCGAAGAAAGUCUCAUAAACACUUCCAUUUUUCUAUCUUGAUGCACCGAGAUAUCGAUCGAAUAUCUUUGAUGGUUUCCUUAGACUCUAGGUUUCGUUAUUUAAAUUUUACUUAAAACUUAGAAAGGAAGAACGGACGAGUAAUUAUUACCUUCCGGGGGUAAGCUAUGUCGAAUUUGUUUACUCCAACCAUUGAAAGGUUUGAAUUCAACCUGAUUUGCCUUUGAAGUAUAGAUUUGUAUACUUUUAAUAUUCUUUUAAUAUCACAGCAGUGCUUUCCAACGAGUGUGACGUGACACGUUCACGCCAGGACGAAAGUGGGUGCGUGUGUACCGCGAAAAAAUUUAUAAUGAAUUUAACGAAACAACUUUACUUGCUAACGAGCGAGCGCUGCUUUCAAAUUGUAAAGAUUCAUUUAUAAUUUUAAUGUAAAGCGGAUGGCUGCAAUUUUAUUUAUUAUUCGUUUCGAAAAAGUGUGCCGUAUAUAUGUUAGCCUCUAUCUGAAAUAGAGUGGGAAGCAAUAAAUCAAAGAACGUACGAGGCACGUACCAUUUUUAAAAACAAAAAGAAAUGGAGUGGGUGCCUCUGCUAAGAUAAGUUCCAAUCGUUAUAUGCAAUGCAAGAAAGAAUCUGCAAAGAGCUAAGAUCCUCGGUGUUCAUCUGCGUAUUCGUCUAGUACAAUUUUUUAACAUAAAUACGUUUUAAAUAUAUUAAAUAAGAUACUAAGCGUGUUCCUGACUAUAGGCCUUGUAAAUUUUAACUUUAACUUCGAGUAUGUUAUUAAUUAUUAUCUGUCGUCACGUGCGACACGCGACGUUAAAAUGAACAAUUUUCUUAAAGAUAAGAUUGUGUUUCUGUUCCAAGAUAUCAAUACAGAAAUAAAUAAUUACAGCGAAGAAAAUGUGUACAUAACUAAUGUUCAGGAGAGGAUCGCUAAUACCUUCGACGAUGAUAAGUCUAAUAAACAUCUGUCUUUUUUCGAGUGCGAUGUAAUUGUUGUUGGAUAUUGAAAGUAAAUUUUUCGAGGAAGGUAAAAAGAAACUUAUACGACUUACUGUCACGUACCGAGUGAUUGAUAAGAACGUAUUAGACCUGCAAUCUUACUUCGUAUCGUGUCGUAUAAUUGGUGCUUCACUUUACUUCAUUACGUAAAUAAAUAUAUAUGUCUACCUCGUAUUGCCUUCACGUUCAGAUAAUAAUAUCAAAUGUUCGUUUAAAUUGUAAUUAUUAGACUGCGAAUGUUUAUGCGUGUAUCCCGUACAAUAACAUAGAAAACAUAUAUAAAAUAUAUCUACGUAAUGUAUGUUGAAUAUAUGUACACUACAAUUAAUAUAAUUAUAUCGUAAUUUCAUAUCGCGUAAGUGCACACACCUUUCGGUUACGUUUAACAUGUGUUUAUUACAUUCGUUUACAUCAUAAACGCAUCAAAUACGCAGUCUAGUAAUAGUGCGUGGAAAUUUAAUAGAAAAAAAGAUACCAUGACCAAAACUAGACAUUCGCGACAUUUCACAAACGAUUAUUAUUAGAACGAAACUGAAGUAUGAGUUAAUAAAAGCCGGGUAGUGUCCGCCAUCUUUUAUAAUCUUAUCAAAUUUAGUCACUCCGCAGCUGUUGCCAAUUUGGAAGCAGCCGAUUUAAAAAAUUCAACGUUCUGUUUAAAAAAAUGUCGCGCACCCGACGAAUUGCGCUCGGUUUUAUAUCAAGGAGCGUUUUUCUCUUCUUUUUUUUUUUAUGACAAUGCAAAAUACGUACAGCCUGCUUCGGACAGACCGUCAUAACUGUAUCUGUCUCUCUGAUCUGACACGUGUCGCAUCGAGCUCGUAUCCGCUCGGUGCAUUUUCCACUCGUGAAAAGGACAGUCCGGGAAAAAUCAACGUCAGCGCGCAACUUCGGAAAAAUUCGCUUCAGCCAACGGUGCGAAACGAGUUUCAACUUUUCAAUUUUCCACGGCACAGCCGACGGCAAUUUACGAUUCGCCUGCCGCCGGCCAAUGAAACGGAACGGAUCCCCCGACAGCGAAGCGCUCGUGAAACGAAGAUGAAAACGUACAAAAAAUCAUCGUCCCAUCGGAAGUUUAUCGCGCCUGAUCUUCGCACCGUCACAAUUCGCGUGAAUGAACCAAUCGAGUCGUCGAGCUUCUCGCGCCUUCGUGGCUCGAUCGUUCAAAUUAAUAUUUCGAACGCGUCUUUAGAUAGUUUAAUGGUAAGAGCCAGUUGAAAUAGUGAUAAUUUUAUUUACGUCAUUUUGACAUGAAAACGACCCCUUUUUUUCAUGAAAGUAUAAUAAAAAUCACGAGGACCAUUUUUUGGCAGCCAGUCGUUAGUUUAAUACAACGACAACAAAAAGAAAAUGAGGUUACGUCUGAUAAGUUUUUUUUUUACUGAAAGGAAGGAAAUAUCGAAACAAGAUUUUCCCAUAACAUUAAGUAAGACUAGAACAACUUACUUGUAUUCUUUUCAUUGGCAAUUGUUUUGCAAUUGAGCAUUACUUUUGUUAAAUAUGUUUUUAUCCUUCCUCGUGGAAGUACAUGAAAUGAAAGAAAUAAAGCAUCCGUUAAAACAAUU